GCUCGCUGCAGCUUUAUUGUGGAGUGAUUAAACCGGGCCGAUUGAUGCAGCGCGCAGCUGAAAGGAUCCAUCCGAAGUAAAUCUCCGUUCACACCCGGCCCAAGCUUGCUUACCCACCGGGUCCUUGAAUAUCACCUUACUGCCUGAUUAGGACAUUGUGUCCUUUGUAGCGCAAUGACAGCCAAACACCGGAAAGCGAAAAACAACCAUAAACAUGAAGAUAACUUAUUCAAAAAUGAAGUUAUGGAGACAGAAGUUCGCCCUGGAGGGAAUAACUAUACACUUCUGUUGGUUUUAUUUCUGAUUAUUGUGAUUGGAGGUGCCACUGGUGCGUGGUUCUGUUUCCAGCAGCACCAAACUUUAACCUACUUAACAGACAAUGUCAUGGGUAUACAGAUGAAGAUAGUGAAGCUUCAGUCCUCCCACGAAGAAAUGCGACAGUCAAGCAGUAAGCAGCACAUUUCUGACAAUGUGGAGGCCCGACUUAAUGCCCUUGAGGAGUCCUAUGCACUGGCCCAGAAGCAGGUGGGUAUGGCCUUAGCAACAGCCGAACAGCUCAAGACAUCAGACCUCCCCGCUCAGGUGCUGUCACUCCACACAGAGAUGAAAGCCCGGCUGGCAGAGAUGCAACAAGCCACAGUGUCUCUGGAGCAACUGAGCCAGCUGCAGACCAUGUUGAAGGGAAAGAGUGAGGAGUUUGAAGGUGUUAAAAUUAAGGUGGAGGAUUUAGACACACUGACCGGUGAGCUAUCCCAGAAGGUUGACGUCUUGACAGGCAACCUGGGAGAAGCAGAAUCUAAUCUGGAGGAGAACGCUGGAGAGAUUGCUACACUGAGUGCCGCCCUGGAUAGACAGGCUGCUGUGGUGCUCAGACUGAAGGACCAGCUAGACGCCUACCAGACUGAGCUGAGGGCCAGCAUUGUGGAGAUUGCUACUGUCAGAGAGUUCCUUGAACAUGAACAGUCCCAGUGGCUCCAUCAGGCCAGAGUACAGGAGUUUAAUAUGUCCAUGGGAGAAACUAAAAAUGAGACCAAGCCACUGGAAACAACAGAAGAAGAAACAGCUCCCACAGCUGAAGAAGAGGCAGCAACUGGAGAGGAAGACGCAGCGGCAGCAGCUGGAGAGGAAGACGCAGCAGCUGGAGAGGAAGACGCAGCGGCAGCAGCUGGAGAGGAAGAGGGAGCUGCAGAAAUUGAAGAAAAAGAGGAAGAGGUACCUGAAGAAACUGAAGAAAAAGAGGAAGAGGUACCUGAAGAAACUGAAAAAAAAGUAGAAGCCAUAGGAACUGAAGAAAAAGUAGAAGCCGUAGGAACUGAAGAAAAAGUAGAAGCCAUAGGAACUGAAGAAGAGACACCCGCUGCAGCUGGAGAGGAAGUAGUAGCUGCACCAACUGACUUAGAAGAAGAGGCACUCCCUACAGUUGAAGAAAAAGUUGAAUCCGCUCUAGAGGAAGAAGAUACAGAGGCUGAUGAGCCAGGAGAACCAUUUUCCCCACAUGAACAGGAGGAAUCUAUGGUAGAAGAAACUGCUCCUACACAGCAGGCAGAAGCAGUAGAGGAAGAUGAUACGAAACAAGAGGAGUCUGUUGCUGUAUCAGAAGAGGAGAACGGAGACACAACACAGUCAGAGGUGGGACACAAUGCAGUGGAGCAGAUGCCUGAAGAGGAGAACCGGAAAGGUGAUGAGGCAUCUGAAGGAGAGAAAGAGCCAGUCCAAGAUGAGAGCCUUAAGGCAAGUGAGCAGGAUGAGACAGGAUCAGAGAAAGAGGAGUCAGUAGAGGAAGAAAGGGAUAAGUCAGGGGAGCACAUGGCAUCUGAAGAAGAGGAGGAAAUUUGGAAGGCAGUGCUUGAGGCAGAGCAACCAGAUGUAGAGGAGGAAGUGGAGGAAAAACAGCAGGAUGCAGCGGAUGAAGAGGAGAAUCGCAGUAUAGAGGACUCACAGGAGGCAGAUGAAGAAGAGGAGUCAUUAGAAUUUGAUGCUUUGCUAGAAGACAAAUAGUACGUGCCACCAGAAAGGGAUUUUUUUUUUUUCUUGUGCAAUGGACAUAUCCAUCAAUAAGAACAGGAGCUUUCUCAGACUGUCCACUGUCUACACUAUGACAAAUACUGUUAGAAGGAAUUAUUGAUUGCUGUUGUCUAGGUGCAUUAUUCAUUUGUUUUCUGAAAGGCACACCUAAUCAAGAAUUCAGUCGACAUGCAGAGCUGAAACCUGAAACCUGUACCUCAAAAUCAAACAUGGCUAUUUUUUUUGUAAGGAAAUGAGUCAUUCAGGGUUUACCUGCCAAUAACAGCCUCGCAAGCCUUAACCCAUCAAACGGUUGUGGUCUUUCUACAGAAAAAUUUCCACUGUCGCAACACUUUUUUGUACCAAACUGUACAUGAAAUAACAAGGAGCUGGUGCAUAAGCUGCCUAGCAGUGCACUUGAAGCCAUAAGUAAUGCCUGCCUUUGUGACAUUAAAGUGUGCUUCUUUUUGUCACUGCCUGACACAACAGUUGCAGUAAUUUAUUGUGUUCCUGAUGUUUACACAGGAAAAACCUGCAAGAACAAAAGUAAAAAAUCAAUAAUAAACAAUAAUUCCUGCAUGUUUUUUAAAAGUACAGCAUUGUAUUUUAUUAAACUUCUCUCUAUCUCUUUUUUUUUUACUCUUUAAAGUACAUGUUUGUUAUUUAGGUGUUUAAAUAACUAGAGGUUUGCUUGGUUUAUAGGUUGGAUCAUUAUCUUUUUAUUUGCACUUUUUAACUGAUUACAAGAUUUGAGCCCUUCAUCAAGAACUGUUUGGUUUCUUCAUGAUUACUCUACUGUUUUUUUUUAUCAAAAAUACGUUAAUUUGUAGGUUUCUUUAAGAAAUGACAGUAGACUGACUAUGCAACUUUGGAAAAAGCUUAAUGAUGCACCUCAGGGACAAAUUGCUCUCCAUAUGAAUGGUUGAGGCUGAACUGCACCUAAGUUGCAUUUGUAGAACAGCAGCAGUAUUUACAAGUGGGAGAUCAAGUCGCUUUCAUUCAAAGCACCAAUCAAACCUAAACUGUUAACACCAACCAACUGACUGUUAACAUGAACUGAAGGACGAAGGGAUGCUGGUAUUCAUAACAUGUUUAGGAACAGAAAUAAAGCAAGAAACGUGUUGAAAUUGUUUAAAAUAAGGUGAAUUCUCCAAUAAUGUUGCUAAAGUGAGUAUAGCCUUUGAAUAUCACAAAUGUCAUUAGUAGAUAAUGGCUUUUUUUUUUUAAGAAAUUACAAAUAUAUGUAUAUUCAUAUUUUACAAAUGUGAAAUGUGUUUCUGAGAAGUGAUUUUUACAGUGCAUUUUUACUGAAAACCUCUAUUCACUGCACUGUUUUUGCUAAGGCUUUGUUUACUGUCAGUAUAACACCUCUCAUGUUUUUAAAAUAAACUCUGGUUCUUUCACUUCUGUAGACUUGAUUCUUUGCUGCUGUAUCAUAUUCAGUAUGGUCAGUCUGUGGAACCAGGAAUAAGGUGCUCACUCAUUUCCUCCCUGCAUGGCUACUUUUAGGAGGCUGGAGGAUGAACACCUGUCUUUUUUUAAUCUUACACAAUUAGGUUCAUAGGUUUUGGGCAAUAACACCUCUGUACAUCACCACACAAGAGCCUCUCAAAAUGGGGAAUUAUGUGUAAAAAUGGCUGUAAUUCCUAAAGAGUUAAUGAAUACUUUAGUUAAAUCACUUGAGUUAAAGCUGAAAGUCUGCCAUGCAAGCAUAUGUUGACUAUUUGAUUUAAAACCCACUGCGCUGGUGUACAGAGGCAGAAUUGCAAUAAAUGUCUCAUUGUCCAAAAACUUUUGUACCUAAUUAGUGCCAAAUAAUUAAUGAAGUGAUGCUGCUAUCAAAUACAAGCUUUGUCUCUGAAACCUUGAAUAGUGUAU